AUGACGGACGAGGCGAAUGCUCACUAUCACUCCAUAAUUACCGAACUAUUUGAAGGGCACGAAUUUCUGCAGAACAAUGUUGGCCAAGAAUUUGUGCCAAAGAGCCAUUGGUCGAUCGAUCCAUUCGGGUUGUCCCCGUCGCUACCGCUGCUACUCUCUGAGGCAAACAUUACUGAUGCCGUUUUGCAAAGGGUUCAUUACUCCGUCAAGAAGAAGCUCGCUGAAAGGAAACAACUGGAGUUUAUGUGGCGCCAAUUCUGGGGCAAAAUCUCCUGCGACUGGCGCGUUCCUCCACAGGCUAUUAACAGCACGAAUGUCGCGCAACGAGCAUUCAUGAUCUACGAUCAAUACCGGAAGAAGAGUCAACUCUUCAAGACCAACGUGCUGCUGAUUCCGCUGGGUGAUGAUUUCAGAUACCAGGAUGAUUUCGAGUGGGAUAAUCAGCACGACAAUUACAAACGGCUCUUCGAUUAUAUGAACAACAGACCAGAGUGGAACGUGAAGGCCCGCUUCGGCACCCUGGCUGACUAUUUUGAUGCGUUGGAAUCGAGGUUGAAGGAGGAGCGGAAGCAGCUGCCCAUUUUGUCCGGCGAUUUCUUCACCUAUGCUGAUCGUGACGAUCAUUAUUGGAGUGGCUACUUCACGUCAAGGCCCUUUUACAAGCACAUGGAUCGCGUCCUACAACACUACCUGAGAACUGCCGAAAUUUCCUACUCCCUGGCGCGCAUAGACGGCGGCGGCGAUCUGGACGAUGGCGUUUUGUCAAAAUUGGUUGAGGUCCGCCGAGCCCUCUCGCUUUUCCAACAUCAUGACGGCGUUACUGGCACGGCCAAAGCGGCGGUGGUGAAUGAUUACGGAGAAAAGAUGCUCUCCGCGCUGAAACGUGCCGAGGAGGUCACGACGAUUGCCAUUGGUUCUUUGCUGGGCAACAAGUCUCGUAUAUCGAUGUCGUUUGACGAAUUUCGGGCCAAGCAAGACGCGAUGCCGGAAGCGCGUGUCUUUGAGGCUGAUAGCUCGCUCCUACUUUUCAACACUUUGGCGCAUGCGCGGGCUGAAGUUGCCUGUAUCCAGGUGGCUUCUCCUAACAUACGAAUCAAGCGUUCCGACGGCACCCCACCCGAACAACAGCUUGCCCCAGUUCUCGUCCACCGAGGCGGUCGCGUUCACAGCCAACCCGGACGAUUUGAGCUGUGCUUCUGGGCAGAGGUCUCAGCCCUUGCAUCCGAAGUUUUUGAGCUACAUUCGAUGGACGAGCCGUCGACCGCUGAGCUGGUGCUCGUCAAAGGCCGAGCAAAACCGGAAGGUCUUGACGAUUUCUUCGAAUUCGAGCAAAUCAGCGGAAGCGUCGAGCUAUCUAACUCCUUACUGACGGCUGUCUUCAGUGGCAACACCGGGUUUUUGAAGGAAAUUCGUCUGGAAUCCGGUGAAAAAGUUGAUGUCAACGCGCACUUUGUAAAGUACGGGGCCCGCCCUAGUGGAUCGCUAAAAAAUCGUGGUGGCGACAACCUCUCCGGUGCGUAUAUCUUCUUGCCGAAUGGGACAGCAAAACCGAUGGAGGUUUCACAGCCAGCAUUUGUUGUAGCGGAAGGGCCGUUGGUGAAGCGUAUGCUUGCGAUGGGCCCGAACGACGGGAAAUUGGUCCAAAGCUAUUCGCUUGAAAAGGGAUCCUACUCAAUCGGCAUUUGCAACACCAUCGAUCUCAGCAACCGUCCCGAUAAUAUCGAGGUGGCGCUUCGUUUUGAGACGAAUAUCGACAGCGGCGCCGACCUGUUCACCGAUUUGAACGGCCUGCAGAUGAUUCGUCGCCGACGAAUGCUCGAAAAGCUGCCCCUUCAAGCGCACUUCUAUCCGAUGCCCGGAAGCGCCUAUAUUGAGGCGAGACGCGACUUUAUU